CUCACAAAAAGGAACACAUCUCAGAGAACUAACAGCAUGGUGAAAUACGAAACGACGUUAUUAGAUAUGGAAGCCGGCGCAGGGGGAGUUUAUCAGACAAUGGUGGCACCUUCACCAAUGAAGUCCUCCCGCAGCUGGAUAUGGAAGACGGUCGCUGCUAUCGCUUUUGUCACCCUCUGUGCCGUGGCAGCUGUUUUCUUCGCCUGGCAUGUGACGAAACAGAACCAAAGAGGGAACAUCUUUACAGAAACAAAGAUCAACACACCAUCAGAGCAAGGAAAAAUACUAAAGCAGAUUGCUGAGAGAACAAAAGCUGCCAUUCAUUUACGUGCAGGUGAGCAUGACAGCUGCCUAGAAUCUGAGUCUCUGAAGUGGGUCAGCGGCGUGGAUCAGUCAUUCGAACAGGGCGGCCUCAAGCUGGUCGGCAACAAGAUUCACAUUCCCGCCGACGGCCUUUACUUUGUGUACAGCCAAGUGUCCUAUGCCAUACUGUGCAAUGAAAAGAAUGAAGACGAUGGCACUCAGAAGUUCCUUAGCCACAGCAUCUGGCGUUAUACAGAUGCUGUGGAACAGUGGAAGCCUCUGCAGAAUUCGGCCCACUCCAUAUGCCAAUCACUUGAGCACGACAGGACCACGUACAGCACCAUCUAUCUCGGAGCCGUCUUUAAGCUCAUGGAGGGAGAUAAGCUGUCGACCAAAACCACCUACGUGGCCAACGUCGAGGAAGACUAUGCCAAAACAUUCUUUGGAGUGUUUGCUUUGUGAUUUAUUAGCCACAUGAGUUGUGUGGCACAGUGUGAAGACAAGUGUUUUAUGUUAAAACUUCCAAAGUAUGUUCUCAGGGCGUUUGCUUUAAAGUAGUUUGUCUAAUGCUGAGUCCUUAUUGCAUGGUGACCUAAUGUUUUGGUUCUAAAACACACCAGAUGCAGUGAGAGCUAUGCGCUGAAUACUGUGUACUUAGGCAUGAGCGCUAUACCAAGGGCACUACAACUCGUAUAUUUAUUUCAAGCUAAUAUGAUGUUUAUCAUCUUACGUAUUUCGUUGAAGAAAAAUAAGGAAUGUAGAUGUUUAUAAACAACAAUG